CUUUUGACUCUCUCGUACAUUAGUGUUUUUUUGGCCUAAGGGUGGUGAGAGAAUGGAACUCGGGCAUGAUGCCUUUGGCAUUCAUACAUGAUGCAUGCAUGUUGUCAUUGGUUCAAAACAAGCGGUAAAGAGGGACAGCUGGCUGCUGGGGACUACCAGUAUGCCUAUCACUCACAUACUACUAUCUUCAUCUCCCAUCUCCGGACAGAAGAAUUUCUGCCACAUGUGAAGGGGAGUGUUGCUUGCUAUUUGUAAUGGGU